AUGUCCCUCGAAGCGCUCUUGCGCCACUCAAUCAGCUACAGCCCUUCAUACAACAUGGCUCACCAAGGCGAACUGUCUGCGAGUACAGACUCUCCUCUGUCUCCCUUCCAGCCGCGAUCAUCACCCCAGUCGGCUACGGGCUCUGGUUCUCUGCGGCCUAGCUCUGCCAACAGGAUAUCCUCCAACCCAAACCAGUUGCUAAGCCCCAGCGACUUGGUAGGACCCUCGCCCGUGACCUCAAAUGGGACGGAAACUACCGAAAUCGAAGAUGAAGCCGCAGAUGAUUUGCUGAGUCCCCAAGACGGAGACCCCACGCAACACCAUGAAGCUUUGACUCUUGCCACAACUCUUCCUGAUAGUAUCCGGCAGAAGGGUCCCGAGGAGUCAAAUUCCGUAAUUCAUGCACCGGAGAGCUUUCGUAGCUGGACCUCCAACGAGUCUACUGCUCGCCAAAGUCAACCAAGCGAAAAAUCAUCACCUGAAAUGGACGACGCGAGCCUGCCUUCCAGUCCUCCCCACGCUUACCAAGACUUGCCUCCUGUAAUGACCGACGUCAAGCCUGUGAGGUAUAACCUGGACAGUUCCACUCCGCAGGCCCAAGAUCUCCAAGACAUGUUGGCAGAAAGCAACCGUCUACGUUCGAGCAGUACAAGCAGUCUUGAAAAAAUCGAGGAGCAGACAGAAGCCGAAGGCGACGAUGAUGAUCUUUAUUCCGACGGAGAGGGGCUUUUCGGCAGGGCGCAGCUUCGAGGACAACACAACGAGAUCGAGCGACUGAAGCUCUUGUUCAACACAGCAUGGACCUGCUGUCUCGAGUUCGGCAGUUACAACACACGACGCAGGAAGCGAGAUUUGAACACCUCUUCAAUCUCAGAUACCCACGUUUAUGCGUGGCAGACGUGCUGGAAGCUCUGCGAGCGACUUUACAAUGACGAAACCAGCGAUAAAGACUCCCUCAAUAUCCGUGACGGCCUAGGUUUGUGCCGAAAGUUUUGCCAAGCGUUAUUCGAGCUGCGUCCAAGGAAGGACGAGAUGUUUGACUCAAUGCUGCGUGUCACUUUUGAAUUGAACAACCAUCUUUACAGUGGGCAGGACAACCAAAACCUCCCCGAACAGUUCAGAGAACGCACACUGGACUUUUACGUCACCAUCUGCCACCGACUGAUGAAGCAAAGAAGUGUUUUGCAGGAUAACUCUGACAGGAUUCUGAAAGCAUGCUGGGCCUUGACAGAAGUCCUUUUUAGUAUCCGCCAAAAUCGACGCGACGGAAACCCUCCAGACGAGAAUCUCUUUGUUGCCGCCAUCGAAGCUACUUACAACCUCAACGACUUGUUCCGCGAAGGGCUCAGUGCGUCCAGAUCAGAGCGAAGCACGCCUCGGCCCAGCCAGACAAGCUUCUCGUAUCAUUCUCCGGAACAGACAGGCAGGGAAAGCCGUUCCUCCAACCAUUCCUCGCGCUCCAAGAGAGACGGUAGCAGCAGCAAGGCUUCCUAUCAAGAGGAGCGACCUAGAAAGCCCCCGCAAGUACCGGAGACCCCAGUUACCGAAUUUGAAGACACGCCCAUCUCUCCGGAAAGCCGAUCUCCUCAGAUGCCGAACAUCAUGGUUCUCGGGCCCAGCAGCGAUGGCGGCCGCGGUAGCCGCUGGCCCAGCAGCGCCUCCAACCUGUCCAGCUACUCGCACAACAGCAACCGAACCUCGAGCACCGCCACCACUACGACGGCCACCGAAGAUCUCAACACCACGCGGGCCAAGAUUCUCGUUCUGCGAGCCGCUGUUCAGCUUGGCUUCAAUAAGGAGGCUAUUGUAGAUAUCAAGACGGGCGCCACGGCACUGCAAAAGUUUGUCUCCGAACUGCAGCCGGGUGCAUUUGGCACGCUGGCCACGCAUGCCACUCUGCUGCAGCAGUACAAGGAAUCGAUCCUCACCGACGGUUUCAUUCCGCGUAGUAGCUUUGUACUUUCCUCGCGCAUGAAGAGAGUGUCGGUGCAGGAUCUGGCCAAGUCUGUGCAGGUCAUGAUUAGUGCGUCCCAGUCGCGAUAUGGCUACCUGCGGGAGCUGUUCAAAUUUGUGUGCAGCUUCCCGCUCGAAGAGGCAGACUCCCGGCGCAAUCUCAUGAUACAAGUCUGA